AUGGCUGCCCAGACCAUCCCGGUGGACGAGGUGUUCAACCACCCCCAUGACGGAACCUUCCCUCCGACCUCUGACCUCGCACUCAUUAAGCUCAGUGUUCCAGCUCGAUUUGAUGACACCGUGUCUCCGGUGUGCCUCCCACAUGAGGAUGUGAAGCUGGAUGACAGCUGGUCCUGUGUGACAACAGGCUGGGGGCCCAGCAACUCGGCACCGAAGGUUGGCAGCACCGUCCUGCACCAGGCCAGGCUGGGUCUGGUCAACAGGACCGCUUGUAGAGAGAGCUGGGGAGAGGAUCUCAUCACGGACACUCAGCUGUGUACAGACCCAGCCGGCUCUGUCUCCUGCAUGGGGGACUCUGGUGCUCCACUCCUCUGCCAGAAAAUAAAUGGGGUCUUCUUCCUCUUUGGGGUGGUCACAUGGGGCAGCCCGAGCUGUGACCUCAGCACACCAGCAGUCUUCUCCCGAUUAUCAGCUUAUCAUUCCUGGAUCACAAAUAUAACCAAUGACAUCUGA